AUGGACGCAAACGGAACGCAAAUGCUGUAUCGAGAAAGAACGUGGUGGCUAAACGAAUCGAAGAUGUCGAUUAGGGAGGGCCAUGCGUCCAAGUCCAGUUCAAAAGAGUCCGUGGUGAUGGUGAAUCUCUCCACCUAUAGGAUUCAAGGCGAAUUCGAUACUGGUGGCUGCGGUACGGUGUUGGUGGGCAGCCAUGCUCGCUCCAAACAAGCGGUGGUCAUUAAAAUGGCCAACAACGAGAUGGAGCAGCUCCUGCUCGCCACCGAGCGCCGGAUCUAUGCGCGGCUCUCGAAGGCCCAUGGAUGGCCCAGACUCAUCGACGCCGAAUCGCAAACGCGACGUGCUGGUUUUGGUAUGCCUGGGGCCAUCACUGCAGGAGUUAUUGGACUUGUGCGGAGGACGCUUCGGUCUGAAGACGGUUUCGCAGCUAGCGCUGCAACUGCUCGCCAGGCCGGAAACGUUCCAUGAGCUGGGGUACGUUCACUGCGACAUGAAGCCGGACAAUGAAGCCGGUCGCGGAACGACCCGCAAGACGCUGCACUUGAUCGACUUCGAUCUUGCCGAGCCGUAUCUGCACCCACGCACGGGGGAACACAUAGGAUGCGUUUUUCCCGUUCGCCGGAAUGAUCGAAUUUGCACCAGUGUUCGCUCAUCUGCUGUAUACACCGUGCAGGCG